AUGUCGGACGGCUCGUUUUUGCUAUGCAUUUCGGGCCAAAUAGAGUGGAUAGACAUCUUAGCACCUGCAGGUAGUUCUUGGCACUGCAAGUACGAGCUGUCCUUCGGACCAGACUGGAAGAUCGUCGGAGGAUUGGAGGCCGGCAUGUCCCAGAUCGCCAAUGUGGUGACUAACGGCGACAAAGUCGUCUUCAACUUGCCUUUGGAGAUACAAUUCAAGUCAACCAACCCUUAUGGAUGGCCCCAGAUUAUAUUGAGUGUCUACAAAAAUAUGCAGUUAUCGGGAUACGGAAGAUGUUAUCUACCGCUGAAACCAGGUGCGGCCAAAUUACAUGUACACCUAGCUAAACCACAAGCUUCUUCCAUGCUGGGAUACUUGGCAUCUUUUUUCGGAUAUCAGCCGGAGUUGCUGCAACCAAAGAUGCUGGCAACGACAGCAGGAAACAAUCUUAUUCAGAUGGAAACCACAGGAUAUGCUGAAAUAUUAGUAAAUGUAAUUACUCAAGGUUUCCAAACCUUAGGAUAUGAUAUUGGACAUUUAAAAAACUGA